GGCGGCGGCGGCACAAGGGGGGGAGGUCUUCCGCCCCCUACGCAAGCCAGACGCCGGUAAUGAGUGUUUACGCCGCGAGCACGCCGACAGCGAGCCCUGCGAUAUCACCGGCGAUUAAUACAACGGCGUCAACGGCAACGAAGCCGACGAUCACGACGACGACGUCGCCAGCAGCAACGACGACGACGACGACCACAACGAUAACUACGGAAACUGCGUCGACGUCAACAACGACAACGACGACGGCGGCGGCGGCGGCGGCGGCGGCGACGGCGACAACGACGACGACGACAGCGGCGAUUGCACCGGUUACGACGACGGCCACGUCGUCUACGGCGACCGCCGCGUCGCCGGAAGCAGCGACCGGCUGGAUUGAGUUCUGCGAGAGACACGCCCGCGCCUCGGCCUCCGACUUUGCCAAGGCGUUCUGCGCCUACGUUAGCCUCAACCUGCCUGAGAGCGCCCGCGCCAACCUUUCGCACCGCGACUUUCUCCGCAAGUUUGUCGAGAGCUUCUGCGAGCACUUCGAGAGCGAGUACCUGCGUCAGAGUGUGAGAUCGCUGUCGUUGCAUGAUACUAGGAGCAUAGUAUCCAAUGAAAGAGAUAUAAACCUUGCGAGCCAGAACACUAAUGCGCCUGUUCGAGCAUCCUCACAUGAGGAAUUUAGCGACUAUUCCGAACACGAAGGAGAGGCAGUGUCACCGAAGCCCAGUCACAAACCUUUCUUCCGCAGAUUAUCCUUUAAGGGACUUAAAAAAGGCAAGAGUUUCUUCCACAAGCAACAGAGCGAUGAAGUGGAAUUAUCUCACAGUGAACACCGCAAGGAUAAACACUCCAAGGCUAAGCUGUCGAAAAUUGUGGUGGAGUGUCGUAAGGAAGGAAUUGUUAAUUCCUUGAUGGGAGAAAAUAUAGAUGGAACGCAGAAAUGGGAAAAGUCACGGCUAGCUUUGAUAAAGGCCAUCGGUGGCUACAUGUUGGAGUUUUAUUCCCCACCGAAGGCUGUGAAACCACGGAGCGGUGUCUUUUGCUCGGCGAUAACAGAAGCGAGGGAAACCACGGCGCUCGAAAUGCCGGAUCACGAGAAUACAUUCGUCUUGAAGACGCAAAAUAUGGAAUUUGUCAUCGAAGCACACGAUUCAAAUGACAUGAAGUCGUGGUUGGCGACAAUUAGAUAUUGUAUGCGAACGGUACAACAAAGCUCGAGCGCUCCUGGUUCCGGACCGGGUGACUCUUUAGGAGAUUCCCUAGGCCACGGUUCGCUUGCUAUCGGAUCCGACAGUGAUCGAUUACGAGCCAACUCGGCGAGUAAGAGCUUUCGAUCCGCUAGUCAUGAACACGGCGAUGACUCGCAAGGUAAUCCGCCAGAAUUACCUCCGAGACUCCACGUGCGCAGCAGUAGUAAUCUAGAAUUAUGUUCCUCUCAGCAAGAAAUUGAGCAAAUGUCUGCUAAUGAAGGUGAGCUGGAUUUAUCGAGUAGCUUACGAGAAUAUCCAUGGUUUCAUGGCACCCUUCCUCGCUCGGACGCCGCGCAGCUUGUAUUGCAUAGUGCAGCUAAUGGUCAUGGUGUUUUCCUGGUUCGGCAAAGCGAAACUAGAAAAGGCGAAUUUGUGUUAACUUUUAAUUUCCAAGGAAGAGCAAAACAUUUACGAAUGACGCUAAAUGAUCAAGGUCAUUGCCGAGUUCAACAUCUGUGCUUUCCUACGAUAUAUGAUAUGCUUGAACACUUUCGCCAGAAUGCAAUACCACUCGAAUCUGGUGGGACUGCGGAUGUUACUUUAACAGAGUAUGUAGUGACGCCGAGCCAUGCAUCGCGACCAGGACACCAUAACGUAGUGGCGGGUAGCUUGAAUGUACAACAAUCACAAGAGAGGAGACCUCCGGCAACUCUGGAGCCUAGAGAAGUACGCACUUAUGGUGGUUCUAUAAGAACUCGCACGGAAUCGUUGGAGAGACUAGAACAACAGAACACCAUUGUGGAACAACAGGGCUCGUCUUCAUCCACUGGCAGAGCGGUUCAGAAUACUUACAGUUUCCUCUGACGCUGGAUUCACGCUAAUCCGCCAUCAGGCUACAAUCCAGUCAGUCCGACGGACUGAAUGUGAACGAUAUGAUGAAGUAAUCGCAGUUUUUAUCUCCAGAAUUGCGUCGCGCCAUAAACCACUAUUUUACGACAAAGCGUAUCUCUUUGCUAGUACAAAAGAAUUGCAUUUUUCUUUUGAUAUCUUCCAAUCAUUGACUCUUGCGUACAGCAUUCGACAUUAUAUAUUAUUUUAUGAUUUAUUAGCAACGCGUUUGCAUCGCAUUUACAUCGAAUAUUAAGAAAUAGAAUAGACUACCAACAAAACGAGUCUCAGUUAGCAAUGGUCAUUUCAUAACGUGCUCAAAUUAUUC